AUGGCGUCGUCGUCGAACAGCGAGCACCACCGCCAGCAGCGCCCAGCUCCUCUCGCUCGUCACAACUCUUCGUUCUUGGGUACAAUCAAGAACAUCGUCACUGCGCCGCUCACCUGGUUCGCCCAUCAAGAUGAUGACGCUUCCAGCGGAAAGCGCAGAAGGCCCGUCGAGAACGUCCUGACCGAGCCUGCUCUCGAGUUCGUACCCAACGGGCACCCCACGAGUGGCGAUGACGAAGAGGUGGACGACGCUACGCGCAGAUCGAAGCGCAUGAGGUUAUACAGCCCGCCACGGACGACGCAGCAUUACUUGGACCCUCCUGCCGCCGCUCUGCAGCGGAGCCAUCCCCCACCACGCCGGACCUCGGUCGUACCUCGCGCCUCGUCCGCAGUCUUGCCAUCGACUCGUGGAUCGAGGGCGACACCGUCCCCGCUUCGCCACCACGGCGUCGCUCGCACCAUGUCCAUCGACCCGCCCACCCUGGGCCUCCGCCGCGAAACCUCCUCCUCCGCAUUCAAUUUUGGACCUUCGGCUUCUGACAUGGACAUGGUUGUAGACAGUACUAAAGACGUUUCGAUGCCGCCUUCGCCUCUCUCGCCUCGCCCGUCUUUCCGUAUGCGUUCUUCUUUGACCCCCCAGCCCCAAUUCGCUCCGUCCCGUCAUAUAUCUGAGCCACCUCCGCUUAAUGCCCUAAUGUCUAAUCCUGUAUUCAUACAUCCUCCUGCCCCAAUCCACGACCCUGCACCUGCUCCGACUCUGGGAUCGCUUGCAGAGUCGCAGAGAACGGCACGGUCUCCUUCGAAGCAGAGUCGCAGCUCUCUUCUUUUCACUUCCAGUCCAAACACUGCUAACGAUGAGAAUGACGAUGCCCCGGCUCAACGAGCACUCAACCAGCUUGAUGUGUAUAAAACCCCUCUCCUUCCGACACGUCUCCGCUCCUCGAAUCUGCCUACGUCCAGCUCUGCCAAAUCCCCGGCCAUGUUCAAAUCACGCCGCUCCUCGCAUCUGAUCCUAAUGUCAGACGACAGAGAGCGAUUGGGUCGCAAGGGCAGUGCUUCCGGGAAGAGUCCUGUUGUCAAUGAGACUAAGCCUUACGCCGGAGAGGGGGGCAUGAAGAAGCUCCUUGCUCGUCAUAAGCUUGAAGCACAGAAAGAGGAGACCGAACAGAGGCUAAAAGAUGCCGAAGUUGCUGAUGAGACUACUCCUCGCCCUAAUCGACUACCCCCUCCCAUUACGGAAGUUCCUAUACCACCACCGCUUCCCAGAGAUUCGGAUUGGUUUUCGACCAUUCCGCCCCCAUUGUCAACAUCGACAUCCGGAUCUUCGCUUCGUGUUGGACGUACCAAGACAUCUCGCAAUCAUAUUCAGCGCCCCUCGAGGGCUCGAUUUUCUGCGGUGUACGAGGAGGAACCCGAUGACAUCAUGGAUGAAGAGGAUGAUCGGCGAAAGGAACGUCAGAUACUUGAGGAGGCUGCCAAGAAAGUCCCUGUUUUCCAGAUUCCUGCUGAUUUUUCUUUCGCCAAUGAUAUGCCUCCCGUCAAGUCAUCCGAUCUCGAGAACGUGAAGGAGCCUCCCAUUUCCUUUUUACCUUUCUCGUUUGCGAAGGCCGGCGAUUCAGCGACUGCGUCCAAGUCGUCUGCAGGAUUGGCUGAGCCUCCCAAAUCGGACGCCGCUUCUAGGCCUGAAGCUACCUCGUUGUUUGGAUCAUCUUCCGCGGCGACCCUUGCACCGGCUCCACCUCCGGCCCGUGUUCCUACGCCAGAGUCAAAGCCAUCGUCGAUCUUCAGUAUAAUACCGACGCCAGCGCCAACAUCAGCAGCUCUUUCAGGGGGAGCCAUUCCCAAUUUCUUCGCCAACUCACAGGCACUGAAAGACGUUGCGAUUCCUGUGCCCCCCCCGGUUCUCAACUUUGGCAGUUCUGCACCUUUUGGCAUUCCUUCCUCUAAACCUAUCCAGCCCACGAAAGAUAACGAAAAUCCUUUCUGGGACGGUGACAAGAGCAAAGCAUCAGAGGAGCCCAAGCUAAUUGCAACACUCUUUGGAGGUUCUUCCUCUACUUUCCCACCCGCAAAUAAAGCUCCAGAGGUCAAGCCAGCAACAUCGGGUUUCAAUGUCACGGCCACCACAGAGGCUCCCAAACUACCAUUCUCUUUCGCAUCUGCGACUGAAUCAAAGAAGCCUGAAACGGAUAUGGUGGCUCCGAAACCGUUGUUUGGUGGAAGUAAUACGGCUGGUACGUUGUUUGGGGACACCUCUAAGCCUACUUCCACUCUCUUUGGUGGCAUUACCAACCCUCCAGUUGCUCCCCAACCAACGCCGUCCCCUCUCUCUUUGAGCUUCCAAUCAGCUCUCCCUGAUAAGGCGAGCAUUGUGACCACCGAGCCAGCUCGGCCAAUACGUGGUGCUCCUAGCCUCGAUGCUACUAACGAGGCUCCCAAACCCUUAUUUGGCCGUUCAAGCGGUUUCUCAUUUGGACAAGGACAGACAGCAGACAAGGAUAAGGACAAACCUGCACCACCCUUCAGUUUUGGCCAGCCGGCACCUGCUGACGAGAGCAAACCCGCGACGCCUUUCUCAUUUGGGCAGUCAGCAACUGCGAACAAGGCGGAGGAGGUUAAACCAGCAUCACCUUUCACUUUUGGGGCGGCGCCGAGUACACCGCCUGUUGCCGCGUCGCCCAUUCUGGAAGUGAAGGCUGCUUCAACUCCGAUGUUCUCUUUCGGAUCUUCCACCUCGUUAGCUACCAAUCCUGCGCCGAUAUUUGGUGGGUUUGGUGGAGGGGGCAGUACUGCAGCCGAUGUAUCAAGCAAGCCGUUUAUGUUCGGAGCUCCAGGGCGACCAGUCACUCCCCCGAAGAAUAAUGAUCAGGAAGUUAGAAUGGAGGAAAGCCCAACAAGGGAACCGCAGCAGCCAAAUGGGAUGAACAAGGCUGAAACGGGGCCUACCUUGAGCGGCGGAUUCUCUUUCUGCGCUAAUACUUCGACAAGCAACGGAAUAUUUGGCAAUACUGUGCCUUCCCCGCAAUCUGCACCAUUCACUUUUGGCGGUGCUCCUGCGUCUAACCCAUUCGCUCCCAAGGACAAGCCCAAAGGCUUUGGCGGCUUUGGGCAACCAACCAGUGCACCUCCCGCAAUCACCACAUCUUUCAGCUUUGGAACUCCGAAGACCGCAGAAGAAGCAAGACCGAGUUCAGCGGGCGGUUUCACAUUCGGUACACCGACCUCCACGGCACCCGCUGCAUUUUCGUUUGGCGCGUCUGCUGUUCCGAAUCCGUUUGCGCAAGCAGCCGGCGGUUCGGCACCUAGCAGCCCCUCUACAUUUAGCCAACCGUCAUCAUUCCCGUUCGGAGCAUCAGCACCUACGAAUGCUUUCUCUUUCGGCUCCCAGCCCGCUUCACCGGCAGCAGGGGCUAAUCUCACCCUGCCACAGCCUGCUCUUUCCUCGGGAUUCGGGAAUGCGGGAGGAUUUGCUGCAGGACCUUCUCCUUCGUCGCCUUUCAGUGGUCCGAUCGCUUUGGCACCAUCUACAUCAGGCGGAGUCGGAGGAGGGUCACUUUUCACAAUCGGUGCUGCGCCACCGCCUGUCCAGGGUGCCUCUGGCUCGCGUGCAAUCAAGAAGCUGCCCCGCAGAGGGGCCGUGAAGCGGUAG